AUGGCGAGAGUGGUUCUGCUGCCAAAACCGGCAUCAUCGUACAGGCCGAUAAGUAUUUUGCCGGUGCUGAGCAAGAUCUGGCAGCAUACGUGCAAGAUUUUAAUCGAAAGGUGCCUAGAGCGGGACCCCUUCCAUAAGGAGGAAUACGGUUUCAGGAGGCGCAGAAGCACGUUAGAUGCGCUUGAUAGAGUGCGCGGGAUUGCGGAAAUAUGUCGGAAGAAAGUGCUGGUGUGCGUUGUGGUCGCUCUGGACGUUAAGAACGCCUUUAACAUGCUUACUUGGAGGAGGACCCUUGAAGAGGUUAGAGAAAGGCAGUUACCAGGCCAGUUGGAAAUUUUAUUGAGUUCACUACCUCUCGGAGAGAAAAAUUGUGGCGUACUGCCGUAA